CCGGCGUACAGCAGAGUAGGGUGAGCAAGGCCCCUCACUUACUGCCUGAGUUGGCGAGUAUUAUUUCUGUGUUCGCCGCUUCUAGCCCCUUUGGAGUGUUGAUUAUUUGGUCGUGUCUGCAUGCGUCUGCAGGGGAUAGAUAUCCGUGGCUGUGUCUGCUUUUUUGUGGCCCAGGAGCUGUAGCGACGCCUUUAGAAGAGAGUGUGUGGAAGAGGAGAAGCGUGGUGGUGGCAGUUCUAGGGAGAGGUGUGAGUCAGGGAGUGUUAGUCAGCCAGCAGCCAGCAGACAAGAGGACCAGCAGCACACUAGCUGCCUGGGCAGCAGCAGACCCACACACACACGCUGCUCACACACACACACACACACACACAGACACGCCGGACAUUGCACAAAUAGUGCAUGAGGGAUCAUGGCUUGGAACGCAGACACCACCAUUCUGGACCUCCACUUGCUGGUUAACCCAGGGCUUGACAAGCCAUUCACGCCGCAGACCUUCGGUGGACAGCAGCAUCAGCAGACACAGCAGAUGUAUGACACACAGCAGCCAACAGGCUACAACAAGUACCACCACCUCGAGGUUCCCUACAGCGACUACAACCUUCUCUCUCCUAGCACUGAGUCGGGCUACAGCAGUAGCUGUAGCCUGGGACAGCCCUCUCCUAUGAGUCGCCCUCUCGGUGGUUCUCCAGCCCCUCUCAGACCCCCCUCAAGGGCUACCCCGGCCCUGGACCUGGAGAUGGAGGCCAGCUUCAUCACCGCAGCAUCCAAUACGCUUAACAACUACGGGGCGGCUGGCUACGACGCCUUUGAUACCCAGAAUAAUAUCUACGACCCUCUUAAUUCCAGCUUUGACGCCAGCUACGAUCGUGGGUUGGACACUAGCUAUGGGUCCCCCAUAGCUGGCUACGCUUCCCCCUACGUUGAACCUCCCUGUGAUUCACCCUACAGACUCACUCCUGUUAGUGCCUACGAGUCAACGUCCCAGCAGACGCCACAACAGGAGGAGGAAGAACAGGAAAAACCUCGUGCUCCCCCAGAUCCCAGCACCUGGACGGCAGAAAACAUCAAGUCGUGGAUAGCCUGGGCUAGGAAGGACUUCGACCUACCUCCUACCCUUAGCCCAUCCCUGCUACCAACCACAGGUGGUGAGUUAUGCAGUCUGACCAGACGAGAGUUGCAACGGAAGGUUGGCAACAAGACUGGUCGUGUCCUGGCCCAGCACUUGGACAUAUUGCUAGGUAACUUCGGCAGGGGACUUCCCAAGGACGAGUUCCAGGACCCCACGGACCUCACGGACCCCCAGGAAGAUGUCAUAGAAGGGAACCCCUAUGAGAUAUUAGGGCCACUGUGUACCAGGUUAGCAGUUCAGGGGUCUGGACAGGUCCAGCUAUGGCAGUUCCUGCUGGAACUGCUCUCUGACCCUAGCAACUCAGGCGUCAUCACCUGGGAAGGAACUUCAGGGGAAUUCAAGAUCCUGGACCCGGACGAGGUGGCCAGACGAUGGGGAGAUCGCAAAUCGAAACCAAACAUGAAUUACGAUAAGCUCUCCCGCGCCUUACGAUACUACUACGAUCGUAACUUGAUGACAAAGGUACACGGGAAGCGGUAUGCGUACCGCUUCGACUUCCGGGCGCUGGAGCAGUUACAGCAGGUGCAGCAGAGUGAUGGCCAGGCCAGGCCAGUGCCAGAUAUAGCUUUUCUCAGUGCCGCUUUGAGUGGCACUUCUGUUUCCUCGCCUCAAGACUACUGGCAGCCUACCACAGGGCCUAUGUAGGCUAGGCCUAGUCUGUGUCAUUUCAGUGCCUUGUAUAAUGCUUAGGUCUAUGAACAUUAAGUACCUCGAAUACUGCCACUAGUGCCUAUGCCUAUUGAUGACAAUAGUACCUAUGCCUAUAAGACUGGCACUAGUGCCUAAGCCUAUAAGACUGGCACUAGUGCCUAAGCCUAUAAGACUGGCUAUAGUGCCUAGGCCUGUGAGACUGCACCAGUGCCUAGGCCUAUGAGACUGUACUAACGCCUAGGCCUAUAAGACUGGCACUAGUGCCUAGCCUAUGAGACUGGCACUAGUGCCUAGGCCUAAAGCUGUAAGAGGAAGUGAUCUCAGGUGACUGGGGUGUUGGUACCCCUCAUGUAUUAUACCCACUGGGAAGAAAUACCAGGUAACAGGUACUAGGUACCAGGUACAGCAAGUACCACAAGUAUCAGGUACCAGGAACCACAAGUACCAGGUACAGCAAGUACAAGGUACCAGGUACCUGAGGCUGGUCUUAGCACUCCUGUGAUACCGUCAAACUACCAAAAGAUACCUAAGCCUUAACUGUGACCCCCAGGUACCCUUCCUGGUGCAACAGGUACCCUCCCUGAUACCCCAGGUACCCUUCCUGGUGCAACAGGUACCCUCCCUGAUACCCCAAAUACCCUUCCUGGUACAACAGGUACCCUCCCUAAUACCCCAGCUACAUUCUUUGCACCGCAUGUACCUUCCCUGGUACUCCAGGUAUCCUCCGUGGCACUCCAGGCACCCUCCCUUGUACCACAGGAGACCCUAGGUAUCCUCCAUGUGUUGGUACCAGGGAGAGUGCCUGAGGUACCAAGGAGGGUACUUGGGGUACCAGGAAGGGUACUUCUAAUAGGGUGUUUUGGGUACCCUAGGUACCCCAAACACCCUAUUAUAAGUGCCCCAUCCUGGGGUACACCACCCCCCGAAAUAAAUGGAUUAAUCAGGUCUAAGGCUCAGGUACCCCCACUUCCCCCUCCCUCCCCGCACCCCCCCACUCCCCCUCCCUCCCUUUAACAAGUGUAUUACCCACUGUGAUCUUCCCAGGGUCUCGGGUGGGGGGCAGGGGGGCCUCCUCCCCCUCUCCCCACCCCCCAUUUUGUACAAACUCCUCGUAUGUAUAUAAAUCUGUGAUACUACGUAAUUAUUUUUUUUUAAUUAUUAUUAUGCCUAAGAUUUAUAUGAGUAAGAUUUAUAUAUAUAUAUAUUUAAAAACUUUUUUAUAUUGUCAGCGAAUUUAUACAAUAAAAU